AUGGGUAAGUCUAAGCAACAUACAGCAACAUUAAGUAACACACAGCAACAUACAGCAACUCAUAGCAACACACAAAAAGAAGUUAUAGUGGGGCAGCUGAUGGUCACCAUCUGUACCAAGACGGGUAAGUCUAAGCAACAUAGAGCAACAUACAGCAACAUGCGGCAUAUAGCAACACACUGUAACUCUCAACACACAGAAACACAGAAGUUACAGUUGGAUGACAGCUACACAGUGGGGCAACUGAUGGUCACCAUCUAUAUCAAUAUAGGUAUCUCUAACCAUGAGGAAUACUCACUGGUGCGCGAGAUGAUGGACGACGAGAAAGAGAAGACGCUGACUCUCCGCCGAGACAAGUCCAUCGCCAAGGACCAGAAGAAACUCGACGAGAUGAAAAAGAAACUCCACACGGACGACGAACUGGAGUGGUUGGACCAUUCACGGACCCUGAGAGAACAGGGGGUGUUGGACUUGGACACACUACUGCUGAGGAGGAAGUUCUUUUUCUCCGACCGAAACGUUGACCAGCGUGACCCUGUACAACUCAACCUGCUAUACGUACAGGGUAAAUCUAACCUAAUCACGGCAGGUAAGAUGGUCGGCGAGGCGUCACAGGAAGUGAUGACAGGCAUUGGAGAGACGGCUGACGACAUGGACAGGAUGUACCAGGAGACAUUGCUAGCUCUUGCUAAGGCAGUGGCCAAUGCGGCCGAUUUCUUGAAUCGGGAUUGAUCAAAUUGGAUGGGAUAGAUCCUAUAGACUGAGAUUGAUCCUAAAGGCUGAGAUUGAUCCUAAAGGCUGAGAUAGAUCCUAUAGACUGAGAUUGAUCAUAAAGGCUGAGAUAGAUCCUAUAGACUGAGAUUGAUCAUAAAGGCUGAGAUAGAUCCUAUAGACUGAGAUUGAUCAUAAAGGCUGAGAUUGAUCCUAUUGGGCAGGAUUGAUCCUAUUGGGUAGGAUUGAUCCAGUAGGAUGGAAAUCAUUCUAUUUGUUGAGACCUUGGAUUUUUAUUGAUCCUGUAUGUUAAUUGCAAAUACUGUCUUUGAGUGUGGUGUAGAUGGUGGCUCUUAUUGGUUGAAUUAAUCUAUUUGUUACAAUAAGUCCUAUUGGUUGAAUUUAUCCAUUUGUUACAAUAAGUCCUAUUGGUUGAAUUUAUCCAUUUGUUACAGUAAGUCCUAUUGGUUGGAAUAAUAAUCUCUUAGGAUGACAUCUGCCUGUUGGUACUAACACCGUUUUAUAUUGUAUCACUAUAUAUGUUGUAGGUGGUGGCUCCGACCAUCAGUAGCCCGGCUUGUCAGGAACAGCUGAUACACGCCACAAAGGGUGUGGCUCACU